UAGGCAGUAGGUCUGCCAAUAACGUUAUUCUGUUGCGCCUCGUCCCGCCCCGGAAGGAGAACUGGCGGCGUACCCGGCCUGGGGGGUGGGGUAGGGUGCAUGCUGGCGGUGUGUACGGUGCCGUUGUUACGGUACCAUGGCGGCCCAUGGAGGGCCCAGGGUACGGGCUCUAUACUCCUGCGAGCACUGGGAGAUCGUGAAACCGUCAGUGAGUGAGCUUUCCCGGGAGGUCCGUACAAACAUACUGUGUACUGUAAAUGGAUGCGGUAAAGUGCUCCCUAAUCCCCCCGCGCUGAACAUGCACUUGGUGAAGUCCCAUGGAGUGCAGCAGGACGGAAUAACAAAUCCUACAUUACGGAAAGAUUUAAAGGCCUCCCAAAAACUGUAUUGCUGUCCAAUAGAAGGAUGCCCCAGAGGAACCAACCGGCCUUUCUCACAGUUCUCUCGUGUAAAGCAGCACUUCAUGAAAAUGCAUGCUGAAAAGAAGCACAAAUGUGACAAAUGCGGAAACUCAUAUGGCACCGAGUGGGAUCUAAAGAGGCAUAUUGGAUACUGUGGAAAAACGUUUAAGUGCACGUGCGGGUGUCCCUAUGCCAGCAGAACGGCCCUGUUAUCUCAUACCCACAGGAUGGGCCACGAGAUUCCUAUUGAACACAGAGACCCACCUGUAAAGAAACGAAAACUAGAAGCAUCUAAACAAAACCAGAAAACUGUGAUGGAAGAUCCACCCAACGUGUCUGCAACAACUGCAAGUGUUGGCCUGCAGAUGUCGGACAUAAAGGCUCUUACUACCAAUGAAGCAUAUGUGAAUUCCUAUGUGACAGAGAUGCCUUCUAUUCAAUCAAACCAAGCACAAAAGCUUCUUUUACCAAAACCGAAACUGACAUUUAUUAAGUUACCUGUGGUGCACCUGGCCCAUCUGCCAGUCCUUGUCUCAUCUGCGGAGUGCUCCAUGAAGCCCAUGGUUGUGACCGUUAAUAAUCAAGGGCCCAUAAUGAGCACCUUACAAAUAGUACCUCAGUAUAAUGGGACUGUUCUUUCUAGUGUAGAUAGAGAGGCUACCUUAUCUAGUAGUCCAGUAGGUUCUGUAAACACAUACGUGCAGGUUGGUGUGGAAGGAUCAUUGCCACCUGUCUCUAACACAGUGGACACCAUAACUACUAAAGCCAGAACCACAUCUGAUGUACAAACAGACUUAUCAUUUUUCUCGCCCGAUAUGUUGCCAAAUAACUCUUGGACAGCCACUGAAUCUUGUGUGUCAUCCUUUUCUCAAACAGACUUAUCAUUUAGUGCCCAAAUAUCUCUACCUGUUAGUGUGGAGACUCAGACUUUUCAAGAAAGUGGUGCUUUUCCCACAAAAUCUCAGUCAGAGGCCUCAGUCAAUUCCAGUGGCCCUUUUGGCAUUUCUCGGGAAACUCAAACAAACACUAUCUCUAUGUUAAGAGACAACUCGUUGCUGGUGGACCAGUCAGUCAUGUGUGAUAAUAUUUUUACUAGCGCUUGUUCCCUUUACACUGUGUCUACACAAACAAGCCAGGCAGGCCCUACUUAUAUUUCUGGAUCAUUAGGACAAAAUUUACUGGAAACAAAUAACCUCAAAGACAUAAGGGAAGAGGAAAUUAAGCAGACCUCCUUCAUAAACUUUAACUCUCAAAAUGGAACAUUCCCAGCACAAAACAUGACCGAUAACCAAACCCAAACCAUGGAACUCUUGAGUGAUCUUGAAAAGAUCUUGUCGGACAACAUAUCCAACCAGUCGAUGUCUGGUGGAGACACUAAUUUGUCAUCCAAUUGUAAUCAGAACCCAAGCAUAGAUUUUGACAUAGAUGAGUUCUUUUCUGCCUCAAACAUCCAGACUCAAACAGAGGAGAGUGUGUUAGGCAACCUUAAUUCUGAAUAUUUAGAUAUCGAAACGCAAACAGACUUCUUGUUUUCCAAAGACUCUACACAGUCCUUCACGAACAAAGGAAACUCAAACAUUCUUGGCAUGGAAAUGUUUGAUACACAAACCCAAACUGACCUCAACUACUUUUUGGACAGUAAUUCUCACAUGCGAUUGGGGAACAUCCUGAAGCAGUCUAAUUUCUCAAUGAGCACAGACUCAUCAGAUGCUGAAAGCACCACUGAUGUGGCAUCUACCAGCAAAAACCAACCCUGCUCUACCCUGGAAAGUCAUGUGCAGCAGAACUGUGCUGAAACACAGACUACUGACAGCUCCUUUGAUACACUCGGAAGCCUAUUCUUGACUAGUAACGAGACCCAGACUGCAAUGGAUGACUUUCUCUUGGCUGACCUGGCAUGGAAUACAAUGGAGUCUCAGUUCAGCUCAGUUGAAACCCAAACUUGUGAGAAGAGGUUCUCUUUGUUCUCAGAAAAAUCUGACAACUGAACCCUUCACCUCAGAACUAUUCAUGCCGAUAGCAGUGAAUGAUCACCCCCUCCGCCUAUUUAUUGGUUUGUCCAUGCAUGUCUUUAUGUAUCCUGCAAAAACAAACCAGCCUCCUCCUUCUGCAACCGCCAUGGCACGUUAUGGCACCUGUAUGGCGCACAAAAACUACUACAGCCUAUUGAAUGAUGCAGUGCUAUUGUGAAGUGAUUGCAAAAUGCAUGUGUAACUGUACAUCAUACUUGUAGGCAGUUGGUCUAUUUGUAUAUUGGCUAUGACACAUAGAGAAGCACUUUAUUUAUUUGGUUGCCAUUGUAAAUUAUUUAUUCUGUGAUGAUAAAGAAAAUCGGA